AUGGGCAGAUUCUAUCGUGGUUUCGUGCCCCUUAAGGGCCUUGUCCUGCAAUCAUGUAUUACUGUCUGUUCCGCCAUGACUUUCUUGAUGUUUGGUUAUGAUCAAGGAGUUUUCGGCGGCUUGAUCGCUAUCCCUACAGUCCUGGCCGACCUGAAGAUCCCCGACAAGGACGCCAAUCUCCAAGGCACGGUUGUGGCUAUCUUCGACAUCGGCUGCCUCGUCGGCUGUGCGAUCUGCGCCUUGUUCGGCGAAACAAUGGGCCGACGAAUCUUCAUCAUCAUCGGAGCACUCUUCAUCAUCACCGGCGCUGGACUGCAAGCUGGAGCGCCGGAUUGGCGAAUGAUGGUUGGAGGCAGAGUCGUUGCAGGCAUCGGUGUGGGUAUGGAGACAUCCUUCAUUCCAAUCUGGGUCUCCGAAUGUGCUCGAGCUGCCUAUCGAGGAGCAUUGGUUGCAGUUCAAAUGAGUAUCGUCCUCAUGGGACUUGUUGUCUCCUACUGGUUCGACUACGGCACGGUCAAGAACCUCACAGGAGGAAUCGUGUGGCGACUUCCUCUUGCGUUUCAGGCUGUCUUCGUCUGUAUCACAUUGUUUACGAUAUGGGCUCUGCCGGAAUCACCCCGUUGGCUUUACAAGAAGGGCUUUCAUGCAGACGCUGACGAUGUCAUUGCACGCAUAUACAACGUCCCUAUCGAUGACAUAUACGUCAAGAGACACCGCGAAGAAGUCUUACAGGCCCUAGAAGCAGAAAAGGAAGUCACAUUUCGACUCAAAGACAUCUUUUUCGACUCAUCCAAGGUCAACACUUCUUGGAGGAUAUGGGUUUGUGUUAUCAUCCAAUUCCUCCAGCAGCUUGGAGGCAUCAACUUUAUCGCCUAUUAUGCGGCCUACCUCUUCAUCAACAAUCUUGGGAUGACCCAACAUACAGCAACCUUGACUGCUGGAGGCCUCAGUCUAGUCUUUUGGGGUGGUUCCUUGACGUCAAUCUAUACAGUCGAGAGGUUUGGCCGAAGACCAGUACUGCUAUGGGGUGCAGUUGCAUGUUCGACGUGCAUGAUUUGCUACACCAUUGGUCUGGCUGUUUUCAACCAAGCGAGUCUGACAAUGGCUGUGGUGUUCAUCUUCCUGUUCGACUUUUCCUUUGGAGCAUCAUGGUGCAUUGUACCUUGGAUGUAUUCUCCGGAGGUCACGCCGCUACAUGUCCGACAUGUCGGCACAGCUAUGGCGGUCGGCAUGGAGUGGCUGAUGACAUUCGUCGUUGUCAAAGUCGGCCCUAUCGGUAUCCAAAACGUGGGAUGGAAGUUUUAUAUCCUGUUCUGCGUCUUCAACGUCAUCCAAGUCAUCUUUGUGUACUUUGCGGUCAAGGAGACAAAGGGACUUACUUUGGAAGAGAUCGAUUACGUGUGGGCAAAACCUGAAUACAAGGCCGAGUUGGAGGCUCGACUUCACAGCGUUGAGCAUGAACACGUUCAAGUGGAGAAGACAGAUCCUUCUGUCCAUGUAGAGCGAGAGGGUCUGGAGUAG